AUGUUUUCGGAGCAGUCGCUACAGAACGGCCCGCACGCGAAUCAACAACAACAACAACAGUUCGGCGCGUCUCUCGAACCGCCGGAUAACCGUUAUCCUAAUUUCGACCUUCGCAACGGUCAAAACGACAAGCGCGAAGUCGAUGCUGCUUCGAAGUGCACGCUACCGCCGUAUUGGACAUUUAAUCCGAGCCUUUGGUUCUCGCAAGCUGAAUCGUCUUUUCGCUCCAACAGAGUCACCAGAGACGUCGCGAAGUACGACCUCAUCGUGGCAGGCCUGCCGCAAGACGUCGCUCAGGAGGUUUCGGACGUCAUCCUCAACCCUCCAGCAGAGCAGCGCUACGAGACUCUGAAAGCAGCCGUCCUGAAGCGUCUCACCGUCUCCGCCGACCACAAGCUCCACCAGCUCCUCAACGAGGUCCAGCUCGGCGACAGGACGCCCUCGCAGCUCUUGCGCUACAUGCGCCGCCUCGGAGGAUCCGCAGUCUCCGACGAGGCCCUGCGCGUUAAAUGGCUCGACCUCCUACCAUCUCACACGAGCCGUCUCUGCAGAGUGCUCAAGGCACCAGCGCUAGACGAACUAGCUGCACUCGCAGACGAGCUCAUCCUCCCGAGCAGCCAGGUCUGCGCAACCUCACGUCCAGUCUCGCCAGUAUCCAGCGGCGUCUCCUCAGGCAACGCCACACCUCAGCCAAACCAGGAGCUGACCUCGCUUCGCCUCGCCAUGGCCCACAUCUCGACGAUGCUCCAGCAGCAGUCAAUUACACUGCAGUCCAUCGCGACCACGCUAGCAGCAGGCCAGCAGCAACAACAACGACAGCAGCCCAUUCAACAACAGCAACAGCAGCAGCGUGGUCGCUCAGCCACGCGCUCGUCAUCUCGCCAGCGGCAGACUCGCUCCACCUCGCCAGCAGCAAACCCAGCAUGGUGCUGGUAUCACCAGCGCUUCGCGAGCAAGGCCACGCAAUGCAGGCCUCCCUGCUCCUAUCCAAUGCCGGGAAACUAG